AAGUUGGCAGCACUGCUACUACAUUUUUUUCUUUUGUGCUUGCAUUUUUGUGAUAGACUAGCUAAAUAAUUAUGAUUGCGAAAUUAAUAGUGAAAUGCAGUGUUUAACACAUACAUAGUAUUAUGCGCGCUUUUGUCAAAGUGUAGAGACGAAAAGGCGCGCCCUGAGCAGCCGUACUGCCAACAAGGAUACACAUUUCCACACAUAGACACACACACACGCACAUACAUAUUUACACACAUACACAUAUAUAAUUUUAGUAGCUUGUCCAGAAGCAACAAAAAAACAGCCUCUAAAUGAUGCUUUCAUCCAUAAACAACUCGUUUGAGCAGGACACCCACGAUGUGGAUGCCAACUGCGAUGGGCCCGACUUGGAUUUCCUCUAUGCGGAUGUGGAUAGCUAUCAAAAUGAAAUUGCCGAGCUCUACAGCUACACGGAGUUUAGUGAAUUCCAAAUGAAUGUCAAGGCGUUUGAGGAUCAAAUGGAAUUAUAUGAUUUGCCGCCCAACUGGCAGAAACAGGAUGCCGCCUCGCAACGCAGCAUUGUGAUGAAACUGGUGGAUCAACUGGAGGUCUCCGAUCGAGCAUUUCGCAUGCAGGCGGCCAGGUGUAUUCUGUAUCUGGCCCAGGGAUGCUGGGCCGAAGUGCAAUCCGACGAGGAGCAGCAUCAGAAUACAAGGGACAAUGUCAUUGUACUCUAUGAACUGGGCGUCUUCUCCUCCUUCAUUGAUUUGCUCAACAUGGAGAUUGAAACAGCUUGUUCUCCGGAUAUUGUGGCUGUUAAGAUCACCAAUGUCACCCUGGUGGAUUCCACAGAUAUUCGUGUCAUUCUCUCGGUGCUGUACAUCAUAACCGAGACAAUCCGUGAUGAGCGAGAGAAGGGCAGUGAGGAUUACAAGCAGCUGGCCGAAUCCUUUGUGCAGGAGAUCAACAGUCCACUGCCGGAUGGUGAACUGCUCGCCGUCAAGUUGCUGGGCAUGAUUACGCGUUUCUGCAGCGGAGCUGCUCCACAGUUUCCCAUGAAGAAGGUUGUGCUGCUGCUGUGGAAGGUCUCGCUGCUGGGAUUGGGCGGCAUGGAUGUGCUAAAGAACCUCAAGAAUGAGUACAGAGUCAAGGUCGGGCUGGAUCCCAUCACCGAGGACACUCUGGAGGUCACCAAAUGCAUGCGCGCCAGCUCACCGCCCGCCACAGCAACCGAUAUACUGGAGAAUCAGUAUCCCAAGCGGAAUUUCAAGCGUUCACUAAUGAAGCAACGUUUUCUGGACGAGCCCGAGCAGAUCGACAUGGAUCAAAUGGGCAACGAGGGCGGUCCAAAUGCCAACAAUGGCAGCACAUCAACGGGCAGUGGCACCAACACCGGCAAUGGCGAGGAUGAGCUGUCCCAGUACUAUAGACCCUUUGACGAUCCCUCCGCUUCCACGUCGGGGAACAAUAGCAACAGCAACACAGCGACAGCGAAUCCAAACAAUCAACCAAGUCUCACACAGGCAGCAGCUGCUCCUCCGGCCGUGCAGAUCACAGCGCGCUUGCCAUGGACACCAAAAGUGCGGCAGAAGGAUAUUGAUCAAUUUUUGGAUAUAUCACGUAAUAAGUUUAUUGGAUAUUCGUUGAUUGGGGACCAUGAGAGUCUGGCGGGCUUGCCACAACCGAUACACGAGGGAUUCAAGACGCUGCAGCGUCACAUGUACGUCAGCCUGGCGGACAUGCAGAUCAAGAAGGAGGAGGACAUUGCACGCAAUCCAAUCUCAACGCACGAGGAUGAGAUUAAGCUGACGCCCGCGGAGAUACUCUAUCAGGCCAUACUGCCCAAUUUGCCGCAGUAUAUGAUAGCAUUGUUGAAGGUCUUGCUGGCCGCCUCGCCCACAUCCAAAUCGAAGACGGAGAGCAUCAACAUAAUGGCCGAUGUGCUGCCCAAGAAGAUGCCCCUGACGGCGACACAGUCGACGAAGCUAACCGUGGACAUGGGACGCCACAAGGAGAUCAUUGUCAAGGCCGUAUCGGCCAUUAUAUUGUUGUAUCUGAAGCAUUUCAAGAUCAAUCAUGUAUAUCAGUUUGAGUUCAUGUCACAGCAUCUGGUCUUUGCCAAUUGCAUUCCUCUGGUGCUCAAGUUCUUCAACCAAACCAUCACGGAGUAUGUGAAUACCAAGAAUUCGAUUCCAUUGCUCGACUUUCCGUCCUGUGUGAUUGGUGAGCAGCCGGAUUUGAGUGGCGAUAGCUUCGUUUAUGGUGGCGAAAUGUCGGACAAGCCGUAUUCCUGGCGCAAUGUCUUCUCCUGCAUCAAUCUGCUGCGCAUUCUCAACAAACUGAUCAAGUGGAAGCAUUCGCGAGUCAUGAUGCUCGUCGUCUUCAAGUCGGCGCCUAUUUUGAAGAAGACACUGAAGGUGCGCCAUGCCAUGAUGCAGCUGUAUGUGCUCAAGCUGCUGAAGAUGCAGACCAAGUACUUGGGACGACAGUGGCGCAAAUCCAAUAUGAAGACGCUGAGUGCCAUCUACUCCAAGGUGCGGCAUCGCCUCAACGAUGACUGGGCCUUUGGCAAUGAUCUCGAGUCGCGUCCCUGGGACUUCCAGGCGGAGGAGUGUACACUGCGCGCCUGCGUCGAUCGCUUCAAUCUGCGACGCUAUCCGGAGGCGACUCAGAAGUGUGGAGCCGGUGGCAACAAUGGCACAGCGGCACAGAAUGCGGAGAAUGCACAGCAAUCCAAUAUGCAUGCCACGGGCAACGGGAGCGCCAACAGCGGAGGGGAUAGAGACACCAAUGGCUAUGCCAACGGUGGCAGCAGCGGAGGAGGAACUGCGGGCAGCGGACAACAGCAGCAACAGCUGCAUGAUUAUGGUGUCGAAGGAGGAUUUCCCAGCGAUGAAAUACUCACGCAUUCGGACUUUGCAUUCUUUGGCCAUUCCGGCUGGUGGGAUCGCAAGGUGGAGCUAACGGAUUACUUUAAGGCCAACUAUGCCGUCUGGCUGGAGGAGGAGGUCUACAACAGUCAAACCGACUGGGAUGCGCUCUAAGCUCUCACUAGAUUCAAGCGUGUGUCGCAUAUUUAAGCAGAAAGUUAUUAACAUAAUCUUAAGCAUAUAGAAAGUUGACAUUGAUAUAAUCGAAUCCCAUGUAAGCUAACGCCGCAGUCAGUUCCACGAUUUGGGGCCCAAUCUGGCAAAUUACUCAUUCAACAUUAAAACAAUUGGCAAUAAAUAAGCAAAAUGCAGAGAGAGCUAAUCAAUAAUCCGAUCGAUCGACAUUUAACUGUAUAUUUUCUAAUCGUAAUCCUAAAUCUAAUCGAACAUACUAUAAUUAUUAUUACUAUAUUUAAUGUAUUUAUUUUUUGAAUUCUCUUGUGUUCGAGGCACACGCACUCAUAAAUAACGUUCCCAUAUUCAUUCUCCUGAAAAAUGAGAAAUUGCAAUAAAAUUCAAA